AUGCUUGCUGCGAGAGAUGGUGGCAAUCUUGUGACCAUUCUGAAUACAUCAUGGAAGGGUGUGAUUACAUUGCUUCAGAUAGACAAGCAGAUAUUGGUCUCGAAGGUAGAUAUAGGAGACAUCAUUUUAAAGCUAAUAUCACUGAUCAAGGAGCCUCUGAGAUUUGCUGCUGAGGCCUGGUCUUGCUCGGUGAAGGAAAACCACUCUGCUUUCAAAGUUUUGCUGAGCCAACAAACCCAUGUCAAAUCCGCCGGUGAAGUUAUGACUGAUCUUCUAGAGAAAACAACAGUAGAUCUUCUAAGUGCACUGUUGAACUCAGGUGAAACAAGACAAGAAUUCAGGCUCACACUUCUUGAGUCGUUGUUUGUUGAUGCACAUUGUUUCAUCUCAAACCAUUCUGUCAUGAGGCAUUCUUCUGAGCUUGGAGAGGAUGCAAACUUUGCAAUCACCACGAAGCUGCAAUGGCUUCUCGACGCAGAGGUUUACUCUUCAGUCCUUUCCUCUCAGCUUCCAGUGGCAAUGGUUCUGGGAAGACAAUCAUCUGGGAAUGAUUUCUCUCAGUCAAAACCCUUAUGA